AACAGCAUAUCACAAAAUAAAAGAUGUAACAUUCACUAACACCAAUCAAGCUAAAUUCAGAAAAAGAAGAGGAAAUAUGAAGACCUGUGAGAUCACCGGUGAUGAGGACAACAGACGGGUUGAUCAUGGAGAGAGCAGGGCCGAUAAGGUUCCUGAAGUCAAGGGCUCUGUCUGGAUGGUGGACACUGAAAUGGAGAUCGGAGAGCUGCACCACCCAUACCACCGAUUCUGGGCCACCUUUCACAUCUAUCACUCUCCUUGACGAAUUUGUUUGGUCUUGCUGUGCGCAGGAAAUGGGUACCGUGAUGUAUAAGACUAAGAGAACGAGAAUGCUCAUCUCCCUAACUAUGAGGGAGACACGUUUCAUGUCUUUGUCUGAGAAGAAUGUAUAUACGAUUGCAAAGCUCUUUCAUGGACGGCUCCUGACCGUGUGCAUAGUUGUGGAGCUGAGGCGAGGCGUGGCGACUGAGACCGAGGCGAGGCGGAGACGAGGACUUGCAGAAGGGGGUGAUUGCAAAAUAAAAAUGUUGAUACUAAUAGGCGCCGCAGCCUACAGAAGCGGUUCGCACUUGUCACAGCCAACAAUGGAUGCCGCGGAAAACAGAGAGGUUGUGAGGAAAGACGACGUUAAAGAAGCAGAAGCAGGUCCCGGAAAGAUACUAUGGCUGUUUCCGAGACUCCGUUUUUCUAAGCAAGAGCCCAAGAAACCGGAAGCUGAGGUUAAAGACAAAGUGAAAACCCAGAAAAAUCCACCACCAGCACGUGUGUUUUUCGGCAGCCGCCAGAAUCCUUCGCCUCCGUUGGAUAUGGAGGCUGAGGAGAGCAUCGGGAGGACCUCCAACCCUGUAGUUCUUUGGCAGGUUUAUGUUAUCAGUGGUUUCCUCAUACUGAAGUGGGUAUGGACAAGAUGGAAUGAGAGAAAAGAGGGCGGAGACAAGAAGGAUUCAUCAGAUGACGAUCAAUCUCCAGCUGAUGAAGAGUAUUCUCAAAUUGAAUGAAUUCUAUAGUCCUUGGAUCUACAGUGUUACUGUCCUGUCUCAUAUCUUUCCUCCUUGGUUAACAACGUGAAUUGGCAGUUAGUAUAGCUUUUAAUCAUUAAAUGUCAUCAUCUCCUUUGUGCAUGACUGCAGGUAAUGCUUAGCAAAAAUCUCAGUUACUGAAUUGCUUCUUGCUUUGCUUUUGCUACAAUGUUCAUGGACUUGUAUGUUCCUGCUCUUUAUUGAAAAUUCUCUUUUAAGUACAAAUCAAUUUUUCAUGGGUUG